UUUGAAAUUUAUAAAGUGUGUUUAGGUAGGCAGAAUAUGCAGAAUUUUGAUGCAACUGUUAGUCGUGUCGUAUGUUUGUGUUAUGUAAGUUCUGGGUAGUCAAGUCCGUCCCAUCAGCACUCAAUGCCAGCGCUAGGUUCAGUUAAUGGUUAACUUCAAUGAAGUGCAGAAGGCAUAAACAAUGCCAAUGUCUCCACUUAUAAAGCUACGUUGUAUCGCGUAUACAGAAGAAAAAAAAUGGAAAGUUAAACUAGCUUUUUUGCAGUUUUACAUCAUUUAUUGCAGUUUUGUGUAAUUUCUUACAAUUUUGCGUGAUUGUUAAGCAGUUUUACGUCAUCACUGUUAAAAUGUUAAAAGUUUCCUUUGAAAAGUUAGUUUCCUAUAUCCCCGAAGAAAAAAGACCAGAUAUUAAACCGUUAAUGAAGUGCUUCCGCGAUGAACUGGUCAAUCCCCAGAUAAAAUGCUGGAGAGAUUAUCAAAUGCCUUUAAUGGGAAAUCCAAAGCUGGUCGAUUUCGCCUACAACGAUUGGCAACCGUGGAAAAAUGACGUCAUUGUUGCAGCAUUUCCGAAAACAGGAACCACAUGGCUACGUGAUGUCUGCAGAUAUCUAAUUUAUGAGCAUGACUCUGAGGCCUUUGAAUUUGCAAAAGAUUUAUCAGGACCGCACAUUUAUUUGGAAUGGGGAACAGAAACUAAAUACGAGAUAUGGGAAAAACUGCCUUGGAAGAGACGUGUCCUCGGAACACACAUGAGCGCCGGUAUGCUGAAUUUAAACAGACUUCGGACCUGUGGUGUCAAGAUAAUUUACGUGAUACGAAAUCCUAAAGAUCAACUUGUGUCAUUCUUCAACAUGCUUAAGAACACACCUAUGCGCCGAGACGGCAUGAUAAAUGAGGUUUAUCCACGGUCUCUUAACAAAUUUACUGCAGCUUAUUUACAAGGUAAGCAUUCUUGGUUUGUAAAAAAGGGCGAAGGUUAUUUGGAUCACGUACUGUCUUGGUAUCCUCACCGUUUCGACGAUAACGUUAUGUUGGUCUAUUAUGAAGACAUGAAACAGAAUCCUAAGAAAGAAAUUUCGAAAUUAGCAGCUUUUCUUGGAGUGAAGGUUAAUGACGAGGAAGUGUUAAAGAUUGCGCGACAAACUUCAUUUGAGGCAACAAAACAACGCAUGGAUGAAGUAGCUUUGAUUCCCAACUUUUACAACAAAGGAAACGUGGGAAACUGGAAAGAACAUUUAACAGACGAACAUUCAGAUAGAAUUGAUAAAAUGGUCGAAAUGAAAAUGGCUAAUACUGACAUUAAGUUUACUUAUGUCAGUAAAUUGUAAGACAGAAUUUAGACAUAUAGUCGUGUGGAGAAAGAUGGGACAGAAGUUUAGUUUUUUAUCGUGCCAUUCGGUAGUAACAAAGAACAUUUAAAGAAUUAUAAAACCUCACGACUCCCAUAC